AUGAAGCUACCGAAACGUCUGAUACGAAAAUAUUAUUUAGAUAUGAUAAGACUGCAUCAAGAAUUAGAGGGAUUUUUGGAAACAUAUAUGCAGGAUGAGGAAUCGGAUCAUGUGGAAUAUGAAAUACCCUAUCGAGGGCUUAAACAUGACCUGCAACAUUUGUAUCGUUUUAUAAGUCAAAUUGAUCCGCCCAGCAAACAUAAAACGCACAGUGUGGCCUUUAUUUCCGAUGUGGAUUAUUUCGCUAAGUUGCUGUUGGAAUUCCGCAAUCCCCAUAAAGUCCAAAGGCUGUGUAAUUAUCUGAUGUUGCAGUUUUUAAUUUAUCUGAAAUAUACCCAGCCGGAAAAUUGUUUCUACACCAUUAAAAAUCGUCUACAUUUACCAUUCGAUUAUCUCUAUUCGAAGUAUUUCUAUCACCCUCAAGCUGAGGAAUUCAACAGCCACCUAAGUCUAUUGAGUACGAAGAUUUAUCGGAAUAUUUUCGGGCUGAUAAAAGAAAAUCGUUUGGAUUUAUCAGCGGAACAGGUGAAGGAGCUGAAACAACAACUACUCAACAUAACCUCAAAUAUUGGAAAUUUACCCGAGAACAUCAAUUUCCAGCUACUGGAAGAGUUAUAUGGCAAUCUGCCGAAUAUGGAUGCGGAGAAGUUCUACAGUAACGACCUGCAGGCAUUGCGCCAUCAAAACUGGUUACGAUACCACUGUCCCUCCAAGGUGAUAUGCAUUCCGCAAUUCCCCGUCCUACCCCGCUACGAUGUCAGCAAUAAUAAUGUGGUCAUACCCUUUGCUGCAUUGCAGACUCCCGUCUAUCAUCUCGAUUUGGAUCCAAUAUUUUCUCUCUCAACCUUUGGUUUCCUAUUGGCUCAAAGCUAUGCCCAGUCCAUAAAUGUCGAUAACCUACAGCAGAUUAGCGAACGCUUUGAACACCUCCAACAACAUCCGAAUAUCAAAUGUAUGCAGCAGCAAGAACCGAGUGAUUACAUCGAUGAACGUAUUGCCGAUUUAAUGGGUGCCCGUAUCGCCUAUCAGGCCUAUGCCCAGGAAUAUAAAUAUAAUUUGCAGCCCAAAUUUACCACCAUACCCUGGCGACAAUUAUUUUUCUUAAAUAUGGCUCAGAUAUUUUGUUCCAAAAAUCCGGAAGAUUUGGAGGGAGGUGACAUGGAGGGUGAUACUUCGAUGACACGUCUCAAUCAAAUUGCCAUGAAUUUGGAGAUAUUCGGUGAGGCAUUUCAAUGUCCCAUGGGCAGUGAAAUGAAUCCGGCAAGGAAGUGUAGAUAUCUUUAA